ACUCUUGUUUAAUAUACCUAUGAUGGAAGAUGAUGAUUUACAAUCCUCUUUGUCAGUUCAGUCAUUCGAUGAAUCGUAUGCCAACCGAUCUGAAAGCUCUAUAUUAGAAAACACAUGUCAUAGAGGUGGAUCGAAAAAACGAAGCUGGGUGUGGAAAUAUUUUGAAUCAGAAAAAGUAAUUGAAAUUAAAGAAGAAUCUGAUGAUAUUAAAAUUGAGGUCACAUAUGGCGUUUGUCUUGUAUUAAAUGAUUCAGGAAAAAAAUAUAAUACACGAUUAAGAAUAAUAGGCGGAUCAACCUCAAAUUUAAUAUCUCAUUUAACAAACACCCAUGAUAUUACGCAAGACAGACCUAAAUUACGUGAAGAUGUAUAA